CCCAAAGAACCUUUUCUAGUUUUUGCUUAUAUAUAGAAGUGGCUCAUUUGUAACCAGAUCACAUCAAAAACAAUUUCAUCAUCGAUCUCCCAGGAAAAAAGGGCCUAAACAUGGCACUACACAUUUCCAGAGUCACUGCCUCCAUUGUUGUUUUGCUAGCUUCUCUUUUCCUCACCCAAGAAUCUUAUUCUUCUAUUGUCAUUGCAAAUAAUGCCUCAACCCCAAAAUAUUCUGAUUAUGAACUUGUGGAAUUUCCUCUUAAUUUAGAAUACUUGGAGGCAGAGUUCUACUUGUUUGGGGCAUUGGGUCAUGGACUUGAUGUACUUGCUCCAAACUUAACUGGAGGAGGACCACCUCCCAUUGGUGCCAAAUUGGCUAACCUAGACAUCCUUGACAGGGAUAUUAUCUUGCAGUUUGGUUUGCAGGAAAUUGGACAUUUGAGGGCUAUAAAGAGCACAGUGAAGGGGUUUCCAAGGCCUUUGCUGGAUCUAAGCAAGGCUUCAUUUGCCAGAAUAAUGGACAAUGCUUUUGGGAGGCCUCUGCAUCCUCCUUUUGAUCCCUAUGCAAAUUCGAUCAACUAUCUUCUUGCAUCUUAUGUCAUUCCUUAUGUUGGUCUUACUGGUUAUGUUGGAGCCAAUCCACACCUGCAAACUGUAACUGCCAAGAAGCUUAUUGCAGGCCUUCUGGGAGUAGAGUCAGCCCAAGAUGCAGUUUUUCGAACAUUGUUAUAUGAACGUCGUGCCAUGAAGGUGCAUCCUUAUGGAGAGACAGUUGCAGAGUUUACAAAUCGCAUUUCAGCACUUAGGGAUAAGCUGGGAAAUGAAGGUUUGAAAGAUGAGGGUCUUGUGGUUCCUAAAGAGCUAGGUGCUGAAGGCAAAGUCUCAGGCAACAUUCUUUCUGCUAACAAAGAUUCAUUGUCAUAUCCAAGGACUCCAGAGGAAAUAUUGAGGAUAUUAUAUGAUACAGGUGAUGAACGUGUCCCUGGUGGCUUCUUCCCUAAAGGAGCAGGUGGAGCAAUAGCCAGAUCUUACUUACUUAGUUAAGAUUAGCUUGUUUGAAUAAAUAUUUUUUCCCCAUUCUAUUAAAAAUAAGUGUAUUGAUAUGCAUUGUAUGGUAUGUCAUUCUGUUUAUGUAUUUUUUCCUUAUGUAAAAGCGUGUUUAGGAAAAGUAUGAUUAUAAAUACUUUUUCCUUCAAUAAAAAGUGUGUUCAUGAUUAUUUU